GUCCUCCAGGCGUACCUGGCGAACGUGGUGAGGUGGGGCCAGCUGGACCAGCUGGUCCGCCCGGCGAAAAAGGUCCACGCGGCAAACGUGGCAAGCGGAUAUUCGGUCCUGGUGGCGCUAAGGAUGAAGACUACGAUGAUCCACCAGUACAACUGUUGCGCGGUCCACCCGGUCCGCCCGGCAUGCCCGGUAAGGAUGGUCGCGACGGACGUGACGGUGCUAAAGGCGAUGCGGGCGAACCCGGAGAGCCAGGUUCGUUGGGUCCACGUGGUUUGGAUGGGCUACCUGGUGAGCCAGGCAUUGAGGGGCCACCUGGCCUACCUGGUUACCAAGGUCCCCCUGGUGAGAAAGGUGAUCGAGGCGAUAUUGGACCACCCGGUCUAAUGGGUCCACCUGGACUGCCGGGUCCACCUGGUUAUCCGGGUGUGAAGGGUGACAAAGGCGAUCGCGGUGAUUCAAAGUAUAGAAAAAUGCGUCGGCGACAAGAUGAUGGAAUGUCAGAUCAGCCCCAUAUGCCCACCAUUGAAUAU